AUGGUGCUGCUGAAGCUGCAGUUCCCCCUGCAGAGGCGUGUGCGUCUGGCCCAGGGUCUGUGGCUGCUGUCCUGGCUGGCCGUGCUGGCUGGGGCCUUCACCUUCUCCCUGGGAGUGUACCUCAAGACCGAGCUGCUCCGCAGGGCAGAGGUGAUGGACAACACAGAGAUCCACGUGGUGCCUAACAUCUUGAUGCUGGUGGGCUUGGUAACCAUGGGGAUCAACCUGUUUGCUGGGCGGGUGUGUCAGGACUCCCUGGACUCUGCCCGAUUCCCUCCCUGGAAGCCCUUCCUGCUGCCCUGGUAUGGCCUGGCCUGGAUGGUGUGUGUCUGGUUGCUGUCUGCUGUGGUGCUCAGCUAUGCCCUGCAGGGACACCUCGAGGAGUCACUCAAGGUGGGCCUGAGGAACGGUAUCCGGUUCUACCGGGACACGGACGUCCCGGGCCGCUGUUUCCAGAAGGAGACCAUCGACAGGCUGCAAAUGGAACUGCGUUGCUGCGGCAACACCAACUACAGGGACUGGUUCGAGGUGCAGUGGAUCAGCAACAGAUACCUGGACUUCACCUCUAAAGAAGUCAAAGAUCGUGUGCGUAGCAACGUGGACGGUCGUUACCUGAUGGAUGGAGUCCCGUUCAGCUGCUGUAACCCCGGCUCCCCUCGGCCCUGUCUCCAGAACCACCUGACUGACAACACUGCCCACUACAACUAUGAGCACCAGAGUGAGGAGCUGAACCUGUACAACCGCGGCUGCAGACAGGCGCUUGUCGACUACUACAUGGGCCUCAUGAACACCAUCGGCCCCGGGAUUCUGUCGGUCAUCUCCGUGCAGAUAUCAGUGUUGGUGAGCCUGCGGUACCUGCACACGUCUCUGGAGGGCGUGGACCCGGAGAACCCCGAAGCUGACAGCGAGGGCUACAUCCUGGCGAAGGGGGUUAAGGAGACCCUGAUGGAUGUUAAGACCACUGUGUUCAAACUGCUGCAGUUCGGACAGGUAGUGAACUACAGUACCCAUAAUGCUCUGUGAAACAUGUCAGGGGUGUGCUCAGGGAUGUGGAACGCUCUAAUUGUUGCAGAUAGAAGGAGAAU